AUGUCCUGCGGAAAGCGUCCUCUCGUAAAACUUUGGGAUAAACCAAAAAAAUUAAGGGUUAUCACGCCGUCUCGAUACGAGCAAAACGAAGCUUCUGUUAAAAGACAUUGGAAAAAUGUUAUCAAAUCUUUAGAAGAUUCUUAUAAAGAUGAUCAGUUCUGGGAGACGCAAGUUGAUACUGUACGGGACUUGGUGGGACCGGUGUUAUUUCGUCGUAUUGCGAAAAUAUUUGAUCUUCCCCUCGAAGCUACUAAAUACGUGCCGCAACCAGAGUUAAGUUCCAUAAUACCCUCAGAAGAAUUUUAUGAAAAUAGGGAAAGUGGGGACGAAAUGCGGCCAGGUUAUUCAUUAAGCGACUAUCAACCAACAUAUGAAGAAGUAGCUGAAGAAGAGUCAGAUGUUUGGAGCAAUUCUUCUGUCGCUUCUGUUACAUCCAGCGUUGAUAAAAAGAAAACUUCAAAAAUGAAAGCAACUGAGUCUUCGAAAUCGAUAAAUGUAUCCAAAUCCCUUUCACUAUUAUUGUCCAAAUCUUUCUCGAAGUGCAUCUCGAAGACCCUAUCAAAAACCGUGUGUGACAAACUCAAGAGUGAGAAGUCUUCUGUUUUAUCUACCCCGGAGUCACCAGUUGGGUCUGCAGACGAUUUGGAAGUGCAUUUUACUGUGAUCCCCAAAUAUACUUAUGUGAAACCAAAAGAAAACCCACAUUUUGACAUGUUAUACUGCACUGAAUCAGAAACUGAUAUGAUCAAAUGGGACUCCCAUUACAAAAAGAAGACAUUUGAAGUAUCUGCUUCUGAUGAGUUUAGCAAAAGAGCGGAACUUCUGACAAAAAAGAUAGCUAAAGAAUUCUACGAUUGGUGGAGCGGUUUGGGUAAUGUGGAAUUUAAGAGUGAAAUCAAAAGACCUGAAGAUAUUGAAGCUCUAUUUCAGGUUUGGUUUGACGAGCACGCCUCCCGUGGCCUUGUGCUCCAUCCAAAAAUCCUUCCUUGUGUGCUCAAGCAAAUUGCUGAUUUCACAAUGACGAAAAAGGCUUCAUGUCCGAAUGCUCUUAAGCGGCAAUUGGCUUUUGACAUUCAUGCUGAGACGAGCCCUGCACAUACAAUGGCAUUUGGUACUAGCUUGCCACAGAGGAAGAAACACGUCCCUCCUAGGAAUAAUACUAAGCAAUUGUGGGAUUGUGUGCAAAUACCAGAGGACUUGAGUAGUAUGUCGUGUGUAUGGCACGAAAUAGAACAUCUCACAUCAACCAAAGCCUUUCAUGAUUGGCUGGAGAAACGUCCGCAACUGCCAAUGCCUCCUUAUUUAAAGAGUUUACGUGCCACGAGUGCUAAAAAGUCGCAGUUUAUAAUACCUUCAGACAUCUUAAUUGGAGACAAAACAUCAGUUCAAGAAUUGGCGCUGCCAGUCUCACAGUUCACUCUUGAACUUAAACAAGUGUUGAGCAAACUUAUGAACGAGUAA